AUGGCACUUGCCCAAAAGCCUCUCCGUUUGGCAUUUCUCGGCUGUGGUCACAUAGGUACUGCACUACUGAGAGCUCUACUACCAUCUAUUCCUCAAGCCGGAAGUCCAAUCUCCGAAAUUACCGUUGCUCUCAACCGCAAAGAAUCAGCAACCCGCCUCCAAAACCAGUUUCGCGACAGCCCGGCCCCAGUAAAGUUUGUUUCGCGUGAAAAUGUCAAAGCAACGGCAAAUGCAGACGCUAUCCUAUUUGCCUUCCCUCCCGAUCAGAUUCAGGGAAUUCUGGGAGCUGUCGGAAUGAGAGAAGCUCUAAAACACAAGAUCAUCAUCAGCAUUCUCGCGCGAACCCCGAGCACUGAAAUCAUCCGUCUUCUGGGGGAUCACCAGACGUCCGGAAAUGAAAAUACUCAGAUUAUCCGCGCAAUGCCAACCAUAGGAACAGAGAUCCAUGAAUCGGCAACUCUCAUCGCUGAACCUUCUAGCAAGGCAACAGAGGCGAUGGAAUUGGCUUCAUGGAUCUUCAAUCUGGUCGGAAAGGUCUUCCACGUUUCGGACAGUUAUUUCGAUACUGCAACUGGAAUGAGUGCAUUCUGUAAUGCCCUUACGACGGUGGCGAUACAAGCUAUUGCGCAAAAGACCGUUGCUGAAGGGGUCCCCGUGCAUCAUGCCAUCGCUAUUUCCUCUCAAUGCAUUAGAGGGACAGUAAGCAUGAUUUUGGAGGGAACUCCACCUGAACAGUUGAAACAGUCAUUAUCUGCUCCCGGAAGCAUAACUGGACAGGCCAUUUCAAGGCUUGAAGAGAGAGGGUUGUUGGAAUUGGUUGAUUCGGAGCUCACGGGGGCUAUUUCCAGAGCAAAGAAUAGGACAUAG